AUAUGGAGUGGUGUUGUGCGCAAAAUACUUACAUAUCUACAUUAACUCGGAUGAGUUAGUUCAGUUUUUGUUUAGUCCACCUUCUGCGCCAGUGAGUGUAAAGGCAGACUACUUAACAAAUUACAAUACUAAACUCUGUUAAUCGAUUGUUAUAAUUUUUUGUCCAGGAACCAAAUCAGCUGAACCAUGAAAAGCAUUAUUUUGACAACUGUCUUCAUCUGUGUCAUUGGAUUGGCUUCAUCGGCCCUAGAAUGUUCUUACAAAGAACUGGACAUUCCUAAAGAUUGGAUAGACAUGGAAAAAGCAUGCGUCAAAAAAAUGAGAGCUCAGGUCGAAGACGAGCUCAAAGCUGCCAUGCAAUACAUGGCAAUGGGUGCUCAUUUCUCUAAAGACACCGUCAAUAGGCCCGGCUUCGCUGAAAUUUUCUUCAAAUCUGCCAGCGAAGAAAGAGAACAUGCGAUCAAACUCAUUUCCUACCUUCUCAUGAGAGGAGAACUUACUUCUAAAGUCAGCAGUCUCAUCAAGAGAAAUCUUAUGCCAUCUCAAACGACAUGGACUAACGGAGUGAGUGCUUUGAAAGACGCUCUUAAAUUAGAAGCUUCUGUAACAAGAAAAAUCCGUGAUGUUAUCAAAGUAUGUGAAGAAGCGAAAUCUUUCAAUGACUAUCACCUUGUCGAUUACCUCAGUGGAGACUUCUUAGGAGAACAAUAUCAAGGUCAACGUGAUAUCGCCGGAAAAAUAUCCACCCUUGAAAAGAUGACGGAAAAACACGGUGCUUUAGGCGAAUGGCUGUUUGACAAGAAGCUACUUAAGGGGGAGUUGUAAUCACGCCUUAUUACUUAAUGAGUUUUCUUUCAUGAAGAUGUGUGCCUUACGUUAACGUUUGGAAAUUCUAAAUUGAUUAAAGAUUUUUGUUGAAUUGAAA